AUGGAUGGUGAAAAUGGAAAUUUUUCAGAAGAAAAAUCUACAACUCUAGACCAAAGCUUAGAUUUUUCAGAUAUUGUCAACUGUACCAUAAUUGAUACUGAGACAACAAUAAAAAGAUUCAUUGCACAAAGCAAUUUUACAAAAUUUUCUGUUUCACAUUUAAGCAAAACCAAGCUUCGAAAUAUUGAGUAUUGGUUAAAAUCUAAUAAUGUUGAAAAUGUUAAAACGCCUCCUUUUGCCAAUUUAAGCACAACACCAAUAAGUACUAAAAAGAAAAAAUGUAUCAUAAACACUAAGAAAAUAAAUAGGAAAUCUAUCGAUCUUGACAUAGAAGAAAUUUUGAAUUCCGUUUAUGAAAAUAGUUGGAUAAAAAACCAAAGUGUGGAAAGUGUGACGACAGAAAGAGACGAAAUUUGGGAAGUGAAAUCUAUAUCGAAAACUAAUUCCUUUCAUCCCACCAGGAGAAAAAUUUUUGAUAAUAAGGACGAAAAAAUGUUUUCAAAUAACGAUAGAAACAAUAAAACUAUAGAUCUUAAUGAUUCAAUUAUAUCAGGAGUUCAUUUAAUAAACCUUGAGGAUUCCGAUAACAGUUUUAAUCAAAUACAAUCAAAUGAUUUAGAAAAAAAUUCGAAUAAUGUUAAACGCAUAAAAAAAUUAAAUAAACCUAAUUUACGAAUUAAUACUCCACGGAAUAAAAAAAUUAAAGAAACCUCAUCUUCCAAAAAGAACAACAGUACAGAUAGUAGUAAUGUUAUGAAAAAUAGUUUUUCGUCAUCAACUGCAAAAAAAACAAAUAAAAAAACAUUUUUAGCUUCAUUAUCUGUUUCCACUCCGUCUUCCAAGUGCCAUCCAGCAGCUCAGUAUUAUAAAGUUAAUUUUAAAUCUAAAAAAGACGAACUUAUAAAAAAAUUGUUUUCGCUGUAUAAUACCGAGGUAUUUGAAGGCAGAUUAGAAAAAGAUAUGAGUUUUACUUGGAAUGUAAAAUUACGUGGAACUGCCGGAUAUUGUCAUAAUAAAAGAAUAACAAAAUCAACGGGUGAAGUUAUACGACAAUCAAGAAUUGAAUUUUCAUCUAAAAUAAUAGAUCGUGCCGAUAGACUGAGAGAUACAAUGAUACACGAAUUAUGUCAUGCAGCAUCUUGGGUCUUAGAUGGAAAAUUAGAUGGACAUGGCGCCGUUUGGAAUUCAUGGGCUACAAAAGCAAUGAAUAGAUUUCCAGAGUUACCCAAAAUAAAAAGAUGUCACAAUUACGAAAUUGUAACAAAAUACACAUAUAAAUGCACUCAAUGCGGUUAUUCAAUCAAAAGACAUUCUAAAUCAAUAAAUACGGAUAGAAAACGAUGCGGUUAUUGUUAUGGAAAUUUAGAAUUACUUUUUAAUAAAAAGAAAAAAGUUCCCGAAUUUGAUGCGACUAAAACUUUGAGAACUCCAAAUAAAUUUGCUCUUUUUGUAAAAGAUAAUUACCAAAGCGUAAAAAAUAAUUUAAAAAAUGCCAAACAUGCUGAAAUAAUGAAGGCAUUAAGUCAACAAUACGCUACAACAAAAAAUAAAUCUUGA